AUGGUAAUUGGAAACAUCAACUCAUCUAAUCAAGACAUUGAAAAAGUGUUAAAAGAACAACUUAACCUAAAAAUUGACUUCUUCUUUUCUCACAUCAAAGUCAACAAAAACAAUACCUCCUUUUUCCACCUCAUUGAAAGAAAAAACAACUCAAUCAAAUCAAAGCUACUCCAAUCACCAUACUAUCGUAUUAAGAUUAAGUCUGCAACAAAAUCAAAAAAUCAUCCUAACAACAAAAUCAAUCAACUAAUCAAUGAAGAUAUACUAGGGGUCUCCACUGAUAAAGAAAUUGAUAACAACAUUACCAAAAUCAAUCAAUUAAGCAAUGAAGAUAUGUCCAGGGUCUCCACUGUUAAAGAAAUUGAUAACAACAUUACCAUAAUCAAUCAAUUAAUCAAAAAAGAUAGGGUCGACUUUAAUGAUCAAGAUGAUGAUUACAAAGAAACUAUUUCUGAUAACGAAUCUAACAAUUCAACUAACACACUAGAUAACGAGGAAAUAUCUAAUGACGAAACAAACAAACAAACAAAAAACCAAUCACCACAAGAUGACAAUAAAUCAUCAACCAGCAAACCCUCAAGAACAUCCAGGGUUAACGCACUAAACAACAUCUUUACAAGAUUAGCUUCACCAACUUCCAAAAAUAAAACCGCCAUAACAAAUAUGAAUACCACCGCAAAAAGUAACCGUACUCGAAAUGUUAGCCAAAUAUCCACACCAAUCAAAAACACUCCAUACCAAUCAGGCAGUCCGAAAUCACCUGCUAUUGAACAAAAAUCUAAGAAAAAAAAAACUUCUUAA